CCAAGCUCACUCCUUCCUCUCUUCCGCCGCCGCUACGAUUACGGAUCCUCGGCGCCGGCGGCAGCUGCUUCCCAUGCUCUGGAGCCCCAGUAAACUCUGGCGGGGGUGGGAGGGACAUCCUGGGAAGCAGCAGCAGCCCAACAUGGGUCUUCGGCUGGGCUGCUUGCAGCCGCCGCUGCCCUGAUUACGAGCCGCCCUCCCGCCCCUCGCGGCGGAAACCGAGGGGAGGGCCGCGUCGGGGGUGGCCGCCGCCGCCGCCGCCCUCCUCCUCCUCCUGCGAGAGUGAAGCGGGGGAGUCGCUCCCACCCGCUCGGUUCUUGCAGCUGCAGCCGCCGCCAAGCAGCGCGGCCGCCUCCGCCCCCUUUCCCUUAUCCCCGCGCGCCCAGGCCCCGUGCGGAGCCACGGCGUCCCCUCCUUUCCCGCUCCGAUGAUGGACAGGAACUACCCGGCGACCCCCAGCUACCCCGACCCGCUGGCUUCGGUCGCCGCCGCCACCGCGUCCUCGCCGCCGCCCUCAGUCUGGGCCUACGAGCGGGGCGCCAGCAGCCUCAAGCCCAGUUUAAGCUAUGGAGGAGGGCAUUCAUCCGAAACAGAUUUUCACAGGCAAACAUAUACAACUUCCCAUCAGCUUCCUGCAUACGCCACUACUUCCCUUCCCGCCGGCCUUUCUGGGAUUUUUGAUAACACUAUGCACAGCAGCAGUAACAACACUAAAGAUACAUCAGUUAUGAAUUUUCUCUCUGCAAUUGAAUCCCGCAAUGCUCAGGCUGUUUCUUCAGGAACUACUCUCUUGCCACAGUUCAGAGCUCCAACAUGGCAGCCAGGCAUGCAUUCGUCAACCGAGCUUUUUGUUACUGGAGCCUUGCCAGCCACUGGGACGUUUCCACCAACUUCGGCCUAUCAGCAUCCUAACACUUUCAGCAGUAGAAACUUUGCUGCUACUCCUUCUCUUACACUUCAAGAUGCAACUUUCAGUGCGGCAUCAAAUGGUCUUCUUACUGCUCAUGACCCUUUAUUGCAGAUCAAGACAUCCCAGAGCACCGUUCCCACAGCGCUGACCUUUGAGCGCCUGGGCAGUUCUGUGUUAAGUACCAGCAUACCACCACAGUCUUCAACAUAUCGCUCUGCUCAAGAGUCUGCACCCCAUCUCUUGCAGCCACAGUUCAGUUUGUUGCCUUCAUCACUUGGAGGAGCUCAGCAGGCUCCACAAGUCUAUAGUUCACCUCUGUUUACUGGUUCCACUGCCUCAAUUGAAAGAGCCCUGCAGCGAGAAUGUAGUGUUAUUAAGCACCAUCAGCGGCCUUCGAGCACACAGUCUGUUCAGGCACAACUGACUGGUUCACAGCAUUCCUUACACAACUAUUUAUCAAGUGCAAGUGAAAACGAUUUUCAGGAUACAUCCCGUCAGUCUUCCCUAUCUUGUAGCCCAGUCGAUGAUGCUACUCAGGUGAGCAAUGGCAGACCCCAGCAAAAGACCUCUCAAGUUUCAGUAGAACUUGCUCAGUCAUACACGUCAGCGAUUCCAUCACCUGGUUUUCCAUCUGUUUCCACUGCAAAGGCAAAACACUGUUCUACGAAGCAGCCACCAAGAUCAACAAAGACUCCUAAGCCACAAAGCAUUGCCCCUACUGUGCAGACACAAAGCUUUUCCAAAACUGCACAGAGCCAGAAUUCUGUAAUAGCAGGUCAAGCACAAAUCUAUUCUACAGCACAGCUUCCAAGCCUCUUGUCAGUAAGCCAAUCACAAAACUAUGUUUCAACGCAAUCACAGAAUGUGCCACCGGUCAGUCAUGCACAGGUAUUCUCAGCCAUCAAGGUUGAGAAGCUGCCACCACUGUAUAAAACACUUGCUUUUCCUGGGCAAUCACAAGCAAUAACUUCAGAUAGCCAGACACUAAGCUAUUCUUCUGAUCAACAGGUAUUAAGUUCAGUUUCAAAUGGCAAUUACUCUGGGCAAACGGAUCUUUCUUCAGUCAGCCAAUCUCAAAAUUACUCUUCUAGUCAUUCUCAGGGCUUGUCAACCAUUAGCAGAUCCCAAGGUAACUAUUCAUCUCAAUCACAGGUUUUGUCAGUGGUUAGUCCUUCAGAAACAUACACAACAGGGCAAUCUUUAACAUUAAUGUCGCCAUCUCUUCCAUAUUCUUCUCCACAUAUUCAGAACUUGUCAGCCUCGAACCCUCCCCAGAACUAUAUUUCUUUACAUUCUCAGGCACAAGAGCCAUCUUCUCCACAGUCUCAAAAGUUUUUGCCAGUUGUCCAAUCAACUUCUUUUGCAAUGCCUGCUCAUUCACAGGCAUUGCAAAACAACAGGUCUUCCUCAGAUACUAAGUUAUACAAUAAAAGGGAAUCUGACCCUAACUUAUAUCAAACGUGUAAGCAAGAGGAACAGUUCCCAAUGCAAGAUAUGCAGGCAUUGCAACAGCAAACAUCUUUGGAUUCCUCCACUCAGAGGCUAACUGACGAUGAAGUUAAUGCUCAGGAUACAAAUUACAAAGUUUCCAAAGCAGAUAAUAGGUAUUCUCAAAGUGUAAUCAGGAGUAACUCUCGCCUUGAAGAUCAAGUUGUUGGGUUUACUUUUCAGGGAUCAAAAAAAGACGAAAGAAUGGUUAGUUCUGUGGCACAGCUCACCCAGCAAAUUGGUCAUAUCACUAAUGUAGGAAGCCAUGAUAUUAAAAAGGCAGCUAAUUUAUUGCCAACAACCCAAGUAAAUGUGGAUUCUAAAGAACUCAGCCAGCAGCAUUCUCUUCUGCAUAAAGUACAUGAAGCGAAAGCAUCAGAGCAACAAGGCCAAGUCAUGAGCACACCACCACAGCUUCACAGUCAAACCAUAAGACAUGGCCAUCAGCUGUGUUUGCCUGGUGCACAGGUACUUCUAGAAUCUGCCUGUGAUUUGCAAAUGCUUCAGCAGUCAAUACUACAAUCUGGCUUUGGGCACACGAAAGGUUCUUCACAAGUCCAGCUGCGCCUUCAGGGUUCUCAGCAGGUGAAUCACCCGUUCCUUCAAGUAGAUGGUCAUAUGAUUCAGAGUAAUGGAGGACAUUCUCAGCAGCAGCUUCAUUCUCAAGACUCUGAAGUUAUGAAAAUGAACAUUUCUGAACCAUCAAAGCCACUACAGCAACACUUGACAUUGAAAGAGAAUUUUGUGCGGCCAGAUCAUGAAUCUAAGCAUCAUUUUGGUUCCCUUAGUUCUGUAUGUUUUCCAGAGUCUAUGCUUCUCAACGAUGAGAGGAAUAUACUGUCUAAUGUGGAAGAUAUCUUGGCAGCAACAGCUGCAGCUUGUGUAGGAACAACGUCUGAAUUUGCUAAAUCUACGGCUAAUGAAGAAAAUAUCCAGUCAGUUGAAAAUGGGGACAUUUCUAAGUCUCAAUUCCAGACAAUAGAUGUCAGACAUGUGAGUUCUAGCUUCAACAACUCAUCAUCUGUUGUUGGAAAGCCACUGAACAUAGACAAUAUUUCUUUAAAUGGAGGCCAGGUUACACUAAACCUAACAGCAGUGCCUACAAUGCAGCCAAAAAAUAGGAACCUUGACCAACAGCACCUUGAGACUCCUGAUCACAUCAUUCCUACUAGAGUUGCUACCUCAGAGCUUGAACAGAGGCACGAACAGGUUCCUGGCUUAGUUAAGCAGCAGUCUGGCAUUGGUAAUGAAUGUGAAGAUAAAAACGAUAUUCGUAUGGAUAGUACAAUAAAUGUACCCCAUGGUGUUUUUAACAUGGAAAGUGACAACACUGUGACAGGAAGCAAAACUAAAGUUCCGCUGCAGCCAAUAUCUAUGCAACAACCAGGUGUUGAAAAUGGCAGCAGAGCUGAAGGCAAGAGCCAAGAUUUAUCACAAGAGGAACUUCAGAAGCAAAAGGACAGAGGACAAAAUCAGCUUAAAAAUCCCAACGAAGAUGGCAUGCACCAGAAGCAAUUGAAGCGAAGUGGACAGUGCAAACGUCAGAAUUCAAGAGGAACCGAUGUUGCCUUGCCAUAUUCCCCUGCUCCUGAAAGCUGCCAUGAAACUUACCAGCAUCAAGAGAAAAUGAGGCAAAAAAUAAAAGAGGUGGAAGAAAAACAACCAGAAGUCAGAACAGGAUUUAUUGCAUCUUUUUUAGAUUUCUUGAAAGGUGGACCCAGGCAACAGUUUUCAGCUCCUCCUGUGCGUGUUCCUAGUCGUGUGCGGAGACCUGUUACCCCAGUUGUUAGAGCACCUUGUCCACAUCCACUUUCAAAACCUCACAUGGCAGCAGCAGCACCUUCUGCCUCACUUGAGAGCAGCAAUGAAUGUUCAAGCAGAAAGGGUGAUGAGGAACUGAAGAAAAAUUCAGAAGCAUUGCCAUCGUUUUCUUCUGAUGAAGAUUCUGUAGGGGCUAACCAGGAUCUUCAAAAGUGCAUCACUUCUGCAUUAUCAACUUUGGACGAUGCUUCUGAUAAAAAGAAAAAAUCAGAAAUCGUCAAGACCAUAUCUAAUGCCACCACCAAUACUGUUGAAAGGAAGGAAUCUUCUGAAACAACUAGUUCUGUGGCAGAUUCUCAGGUGAAAAUUUGUUCAGUGCAACAUGAGAAGGGCAGAGUUGUUACAGAACACUUAGCAAAAACACAGGCAACUGCUGCAAUAGAAGGAUAUAUUGAGGAUGACAACGGAGAAAGUGGAGGCGAGGGCGUGUACAGAGAACGUGAUGAAUUUGUAGUGAAGAUUGAAGAUAUAGAAUCACUAAAGGUUGCUUUAAAAACAGGAACGGAACCUCCAGCCAUCUGGAAGGUUCAAAAAGCUUUGUUGCAGAAGUUUGUUCCUGAAGUGCGAGAUGGGCAGAGAGAGUUCACAGCUACUAACAGUUAUCUUGGGUAUUUUGGAGAUGCAAAAUCAAAGUACAAAAGAGUAUAUGUGAAGUUUAUAGAAAAUACAAACAAGAAAGAGUAUGUCAGAGUGUGUUCCAAGAGACCCAGAAAUAAGCCUGUACCGCCUGCAAGGCCUGUCCAUUGUAAGCCAAGCACUAGCAUCAAUAAAUCUCCUGAGCCUCCAGCAUCAAAAACUACACCUGCAACAACAAAAGUUUCUGUAGUGAAACCCAAAGCUAAGCAGCCAAAGAUAAAGGCAGAACCACCACCAAAGAAACGGAAAACAUGGAAAGAAGAAUUGCCCCCUGCCCCUCAACUCCAGAAUGAUGAAGAAGACACUGCAUCUCCAGCUCCUAUUAUUGCUCGUUUUUUGAACACCAGAGCUAUGAAAGAAACAUUUAGGAGCUAUAUGGAACUGCUUGUUAGUAUUGCCUUGGAUCCAGAUACUAUGCUGGCAUUGGAGAGGAGCAAUGAUGAGCUGCUUUUGCCUCAUAUGAGAAAAAUUGAUGGCAUGCUAAAUGACAAUAGAAAAAGGCUGCUGUCCAAAUUGAGCUUGGAGCGUUCACUCAAGGCUGCUUUGGAAAGCUUCCCUGAACUGACCGUAAUCAAUCGAGAUUCUAAAACAAAAACUGGAGUGAGUGUAAUUCCUAGAAUCAAAAUGAAUGGCAAAGCUUAUAACAAGAAAACACUGAGGAUUUCUAAAGCAGCCUCAAAAUUAGCACAGGAGUUUGCUGUAGAUCCAGAAAAGAUAUCAUUGUGCUCUUUAUAUCACUCACUCCAUCAUUACAAAUACCACAUGUUUCUGAGGUGUAAAGUUGAGAUUUCUUCCGUUCAGAAGAAGAGUGGAGAUCUAGGCCAGGAGGAGAUUGUACAGCAAUGCAUGAAAAAUAUGAAAUGGGUAGAAGACCUCUUUGAGAAGUUCGGUGAACUUUUGAAUCAUGUACAGCAGAAAUGUUCAUAACAGACACUGUCCCAAAUGUUACUUUUUUUCUCUAUAGCACACAUCAUGAGAAACUGAAAGGUCAGAGAAGCUCUGGUUAAUCUGGUCAUGCCACACUAUUCUGAGUCUGAGGAAUCUGUGGUGUUCUUGGUUCCGUGGCUUCUGAUGAGGAAAAAUUAUGCUGCCAUGAAAAUGGAACUACAAAUGAACCUCACUGCAUUUUUAAUCUGAAGAAUGAUUUUUUUUUCUAUUUUAUAAACUCUUGUAUUGAAAUGACAGGUUUAUUUUUGAAAUGAUCAAAGCAUGCACUAAAUAUAUAUUUUUGGGCUACGGUGAAAAUAAUACUGAAAAUAUGGCCUUUUCUGGCUCUGUACACAAUGUACAAAUAUUUACAUUGGUCUGAUCAAGUAGAGUCUUCUACAUUUUGCAAACAGAGCUAAUAUGACGUUAAAUUCGCCAUAUUUAACGUCACCACAAAUUCAGAAUUAUUCUGCUUUAUGGACUCCUUUUACUGCUGUUAUGUUCAGGAGGCUGAACAUGGAGUUGGUGCAAUCCUUUGACGGCUGUUUUGUGUCAAAUUAUAUUGUAAUGAAGCGCAAUGACUUUAACUAUUUUCCCCUUUUUUAUUUUGAAGAAAAACGUAUUUUUCUUUAUACUGUGCUUUUUUUUUCCUUUGGAAAGAAAUCAGUUGUACAUUUUAUCUCACAAAUAGUUGUAUUUUUCACAGAGAAAAUAUUUGUGGCUUACAAUUGUUUUGUGUAUCUUUGUAAUACACUUUCAUGGUUUUCAGUAAAUUCUGUUCAUUUUUAUAUAUUAAUUUCAUAUUGUAAACUAUAUCUUAAGAUAAUCCUUUUGUUUAUACAGGUUUCCUUCAGUGUUAACCAGGAAUAAGACAUACUAGACUUUAUAAGUUUGCUUUAUAAGUUAAGUUGUGUUUAAACACUGCAUUUUAUUUUCUGAUUAAUGAAAAUAAAUUUCUUACUAAAAUAACAUGAAUAAUUGAAAUUUUCAUUGAAUAGCUACUAUAUUUCUCUUCUGGAUACCGAAGAUUGAUGAUUGGAUAGACUAUAUGCAGUGUUAAACACAGCUGACAUUUUUUAAAAAUUGGUAAUGGCAGAACUGUUUGCUUCUUGGUGCCUUUUCAAAUCCUCAGACAUUCUUUUGUAGUUGUCUUUCUCAGCUGGGUUAUUUUUUAAAUCAGUAGGACCAGUAGUCCCACUUAGACUACAAAUGUGUUAAACUGAGAUCAGUAGGAAAAUUUCUUCAUCUGCCAACAGAAUGCCUUACCUUAGUCUUGGAUUCAAAAUGUGUAAGUCCUCUGCUUGGAUUUGUAAAAGGACUAAACGUAUUGUACUUUUGUCAGAUAAUAUAUAUACAUAAAUUAUAUAUAUAUAUAUAAUUCAAUUGUCCUUUCACUGCCACUUAGUGCCUUAAUUUCAGCCAAGAAAGCAGGAUUCUUCAUUCACUAGCCAAUCAGGAUAUUCUUAUAUGUAGCAUGGUGUAUUUUCUUUAGUUGUACAUAUGUUCAUUGCACCUUAGAUUUGUAAAGAAGAAUGAAAGGCUGUGAUCAUGAAUUAAACUAGGAUUUCAAAAUAUGAAAGGACAACAUUUUUGAUCUUGAUAUCUAUUAUGUUGGUUUACCUCUGCAUUUUCAAAAGGUUUUUAUAUUGUAGGACGUGGUGGUACUCCAUUUUUCUGAUGGGGGGGGGAAUGCAAUGAAAAAUUUGGUAAAUUUCUUGUUGAUAUUUGUCUUAAAAUAUCUUCAUACUGCACUUGCCUUGAAAAAGCCAAGUUGUAUUACUGUGACUGUGACUUUGCUGUAUUUCUGCUACUUCUGUAGAAGAACUAAAGGUCUAGACUCAAGCUAUACCAGUGUUAGGGCUGUAUCUUGAUCCUCUUCCUAGAAACAUUUCAGGCAUGAAUCUUACCUGCAAACAAAGAAGCGUAAUACUGCCGAAUUAUCUUGGAAACCUCAGCAUAUAUACAUCCUCCCUGCAAACAAAUGUACAUCUUCACUCAUAAUUAAGGCUGCAAUCUUUUACCUGCUUAUCCAAGCCCUGUAGAACUUCUGAGACUUUCUUUUGAGCAGGCAUCUGUAGCAUUGCUCUGUGAGAGUAUGUAAUGUUAGGAAGAUAUUUGAAAGUCUUUUUAUAAUGUAGAUGCAAUAUCCUUGGGGCCAUCGUGUAAAUAACCUGCUCAGCUGGAGGAAGAUACUCUCAUACUUCUCAUUUUAGAAUUGAAAUACUUAAAAACCAGUCACUGAAGGUUCAAAGUGCAAAAACAAAAUGUGUUCUUCUACAGCAAAGUAAUGUACAUUUCAACACAAGCUUACACAUAUAUUGGUUUAAUAAUUAAACUUUAAUUAAACAAAAGAGCUGGGGUUGCCCCAUGUUGUAGACCAGGCAUCUCCAAACUGCGGCGCUCCAGAUGUUUUGGCCUACAACUCCCAUGAUCCUUAGCUAGCAGGACCAGUGGUCAGGGAAGAUGGGAAUUGUAGUCCAAAACAUCUGGAGGGCCGAAGUUUGGGGGAUGCCUGUUGUAGACCCAGGAUGAAAGCCUAUGCCCACUUACCUAAGACUAAGUCUCAUUUAAAUCAAUGGAACUUACUUCUGAGGAAAUUGGUAGGAUCGUGCUGAGUCGGUGGCAACUUUAUCAAGUGAAUGAUAAAUAAGAAACUUUCUCAGGAAUAUGGGAGUAGAAUGGAAAAGACAGUUUUGUAUUGCUAGAUGGGUGUUCAACUUCCUACCUUCAGAGAACUCUUGCAUCAACUGGUUUGCCCUCCCUGUGUUUCAAGAAAUGCCUGUACGUUGCAAGGAGUGUCUGUUCUAGGGUACACAACUUCAUGUUGAGCAUUGGUGAGGCCUAUUAGGCCUAAUCACUAUACCACAUGAAGUGUGGACAUCUUGAAACACACCCAAUGUCUUUUGUGACUCUGUGGCGCAGGAAAAGGUCGGCAGCUGUAGGGGCCUGGGUGUAUUCCUAGGCACAAUUGCACACCAUUUCUCUCUUAAUUGAGAAGCCUCUAAUUAGUUUUGAGCAUCUUCCAUGGUUCCUAUAAACAACAGAGAAUAUCACCAUGCUAGGCAGACAAUGUUUUAUGUAUCCAGAAUUAAGCAAGUUUAGGAGAAUUAAAUGCCAUUUGGGAAAAUAAAAUGUAAGCAAAGAUUUUAGGCUUCUUAUACCAACAGAUUGAAGAAAUUUGCCUUCGCUGUAGCAAUAACUCUGUAUUUCCUGCAUUCAGGGAAUAUGUUUUGUAGCUAUAAGGGGACAGAGUAACAGCAACGUUACUUGAGAAAUCCAGUUAUUUGCUCAGAGACAUUUUCUAAAUAUUCUGGGAUAAAAAUUGAACAUUACUCGUGACAACCGCCUUGUGUUUUCUUCCUUCCAAGGAACCCCCCCCCCCCCGGGGCAAGUAGAAGUUUUGAGAGAGUGCUGGAUAUGCUUUGGAGAACUGCCAGUGCACUUACAAUAAGUAGAGUUAUAGGAUUUGAGCAGCGGAAACCUCACCUAAAUGCAAUAUAUGCUGAAACUGUUCAGACUUUCUUCCACUUUGUAUUUAGGAUUGUGAUGUAGCUGAUUUGAAUAGGAUACAUCAACCAACAUUGUACACACAUGUCACUUGUGUCUAUAAUACUGCAAGAAUGUGGAACUGGCUGGCUACAGAUGUGCAUGUGAUUUCCAACUAUUCAGUACCCACUCAAAUGUAUAAACAUGAAGUUCUCAUUCUUUGUAAAUGUAUCAGUGGGGGCAAGCAAACAAAUCGAUAACACUGUGCUAAACUAAAUAAUUGCACCUGCAUAUUGGUAAUCCAACAAACAUUGUUUUGUGUCCACAUCUCUAAAUGAUGUAUAUCAUUUGAUUUUUCUUCUUCUUUUAAGCCUCUGUUUGCAUCAAAAGUGAUACAACUGGAUUGUACAGUCUUCUUUAACAGAACAUUGUAUCAUUUACUUUUGCUUUAAGUAAUAUAUGUUAAAAAGGAAACUCAAACUGUCUUCCAAUAAACAGGUCUUCAUAGAGGAAAUAUAUUUUAAAUAUUUAAAAUUUUACUACUAUUUAAAAUAAUUUAAAUAGUUUAAAUAAUUUAAACAAGCCAAAACUAGGACAUUGAAAAUCAGUGUAUAGUAACUUCAGAUUUGUUAAUGGCAAUUUAACAUUUUUCAUCCUACACUAACAUACAUUUUUGUAGUAUUACACAGUGCACUUCCUUCUAUAUAUCUAUGCUAUUUAAGUUCACAUUUCAUUCACAAAAUGCAUAGUAAUAUCUAUCAUUUUAUGUACGGCAAACAUUUAGGCCAGGACUAAUGAGAGGUGCUUUUUUAGUCCAGUUUUUAGGUGGUCCACAAUAAUGUAUAAAGCUAAGAAAAAGAAAUCACAUUUUUUGUAUUGUUGAUUUGAUGUUACUAAGCUCAUUAAAGUAAAGACACUUUUUCAAAAUGCUGUUUAGUGGUUUAUUAAGCUUGAAAACAUUAAACUGAAGUAAUUGGGAGUGACUAAGGCAAGCGGCUUUGUAAAUUUGCAAAGUACUCCGUUGGUAUAAUGAUUCAAAUAUGACUCUGUUUUGGAAACCAAAUGGCGGCCACAAUCUUCACAUAUAUGAAAGACUUGCAUGCAUGCACAUGUAGCAGAUUUCCCUACUUUUCACACAUAAUUUAGCUGUGCCACAUUGUAAGUUGCCUUUGGAAACUCAGAAUAAGGAGGAAACUCAGAAUAAGGAGGAAACUCAGAAUAAGGAGGAAGGGUAGGGUGCAGUUGCAAAACAUGGGAGAGAAACGGCGGCUGCAUAUGCUGUGGUUCAAGAAUACUGUAAUUGGCAGGAAAUGGAGGCAUGGCUACUUACUCAACAAGGUUUUUGCCUGGAGAUUUUUAGGAUGUUCACUACUGCUGCAGGUCUGGAGGUUUUUAUGACUGAACUUGUUUGGAAUUCUUAUUUUAAUUAUAUUGUAAUGUACACUGAGAUCACAUGAUGAAGGGCAGGCUUAAAGUAUGUGAAAUAAAUAAGCAUUCUGUAUUUCUGUAGUAUAACUUGUGUGGAUUUUAUUUAUUUUUAUUAUAUGUGACCUAUAUGCUGAAAGUCUGCUUGUCUCUUCAAGGAUAAUGGGCACACUGCACAUUUUCAUAAGCAACUGUUUAUGUAUUCCUUUUGCUGGUCUCUUCAGAAUGGCUUCAUUUUGACUGAAUGAAGCCAUUGUUCAUAGGUUGGAGAAAGAUGCAGAUGAGGAGUCAUUAAAAAUAACUGGAAUGUUUAUGAAAUAUUUAUGGUAAAUAACCAUUUGGUAUAAUCCAAGAUCAACACACAAGAUGCAAAGAAGCAACUCACACUAAUAUAAAGUGAAACAUCCGUGCUGCUCCAAACACUAAAUUAAAAAAGAUACAGUGAAGACUACAGUAACUUGUGAUGUGGCAAACUAUUCUGCAUGAACAAAAUCUAGACUUACUGCCUGAAUCGAGCCAUUUUC